AUGAAGUUGGAAUUAGGUCAAAGCGUAGUGAGAGCCAACGGCAAUGGGGAAAUUUCAAGGAAACGCGGCGAAAAUUUGAGAAUAACAGUAGCAGCUAAUCAAGUUCGUCGAAAACUGAUGUUUGCUGAAAUUGAAAAGAAUUUCAGGGAGGAAGAAAAUAUAUGGAAGACCGCGUCCACAUACACACAGAACGAAACUCUGACAGAAGUUUGAAAUAUACUUUCUUGGGAGUUUUCGACGGUCACGGAGGCGAUGAAGCCAGCGAUUAUGUCAGAAAUAAUCUUCUCAAGAAUAUAACAGUGAGAAACAUUCAGAAUAUUCAUAUUUCCUUAUCUAUUUAGGAGAAUCCGAAAUUCCAUUCUAGCAAUGAUGAAAUGAUUCUACAAGCUAUUCGUGAAGGUUUCCUCAGCACACACGAAGGAAUGAAAGAAGUUGCAGGUCAAGCUCAAUCGUCUUUUUUUGUAAAUUCUCUAUCUUUUCAGAUGAUUGGCCUUUCACAGCUUCUGGGUACCCCUCAACGGCUGGUACAACGGUUAGCUGCAUUUUUAUCAAAAAUGGUAAACUCUACUCGGGUCACGUCGGAGAUUCAGCUAUUUUUCUCGGAAAGAGAGGUGCAACCGGAAUCGAACCUCUUUUCUUCAAUAUUAGCUGAUUACAGGCCUAGAUGGCGAGACAAUUAUAGUACGAAAAAUGACAAUAGACCACAAACCGGAGAACGAUUUGGAGUAUGAGCGAAUACGUGUCGCUGGCGGAAGAGUGAGUUGCUUUUCUUUGGACUGAAUUUCAGUUUUCUGUGCUUACUGCGCAUUAUCAUAUAAAUGAAAAUAAAUCCAAAAUGUGAACCUCUAUAGAAAAGUUGUUCUUGUUCUUUUUUAAAUGAAGAUAUCCCCAAGUCUUAACGACUUCGAUUAUCCUCAAAGCUUUAAGAACUUGGGAAAUAAUUUUAGGUAGUCGUGAAAAGUGGUGUUGCGCGUGUUAUUUGGCGUCGAGCCGUGAAAGGUCAACACCUGGGGCUGCAGAGAAGAAGCACGACCACGGAAGAAAUUCCUUUUUUGUCCGUUGCCAGAAGUUUAGGUUUGCUUUUAUCAAUAAAUGUUUGUAUUUAUCUAAGAUUUAAGGUGACUUGUGGUCAUUUUGCGAAGAUACGCAAGAGUAUAUAGUUUCGCCUGAUCCUGACCUCGAUGUCUGCGAGAUUGAAGGUUUUUCAUGAAUUCACUCAUCAAUUUUACUCAUUGACUUUUUUCUCUAGUUAUUCAAUCAUUGGUUGCUUAAUGUUUAAGAGUUAUAGGGUUAAUUUUCAUUUUUUAUCAUUUUUCAUACACUCUCAUUAGGUUUUUUUAUGUGAAAAAUCUUUCAAAAUUGGUAGAUGACGACGUCUGUAUCGUCCUUGCCUCUGACGGCCUCACCAACGUCAUGACAGCGUCUCAAGUCGUAGCCGUCGUUGAAGAAGAGGAGCGAGUCAGCGUAAAUCUCCAGUUUAUCGACAACAACCUCAAGAAUUACAAUUACAGAGAAGAGUAAAAGCGAAUUCGAAUCACGCUCGCGCUCUGCUCAAAAGUGCUUUGGACCGCUGGAGAUCUCUACGAGCGGAUAACAUUACGGUCGCUGCGGUAAUGACUUUAUUCGCUUUUUUGUUGUGAAAUGCGUUUUCAGGUGAUGAUCGAUCAGGAGGAGUUGAAACUGAACGAAUCGCAGCUGUACGCGAAGCUGGGACAGUACGCCGAAGUGCACAAUCUGUUCACAGAGAAGCAAGACGCCAUGUUGCAAGUGACGCCGACUUCGAACUCCGCCUGGGAAACACUCCGCACUCCGAUUCUUUACACCGGGUCCAAAGACCCCAAGUUCUGCAGUAAGUUCCUUUCUUAUCUUUUUUAUUGGAUCUCUUCAAAAUUAUUUGCUUUCUUAACAACUUCAUCUAUAAGCAAAAUAAGAAGAGAAAAGAAAUUUCAUAAGGAAACCUUUAAUAAAUGAAAUAUCUCGACCUUUAUCAACCCAUCUCGGUUUUUUUUCCCGGUCUAUUUUAUCACCGGCUUCCCUGAUGUAAAGUAACUAAAAAUUCAACAAAGAAGAAUAAAAAAACAGCUCAACAAAGUUUAAUUUGGUGAAUUCGCAAAAUGAAUGGAGCUCAAUAGAUUAUUUCUGAAAAAUGAACAUGGAAACAUUUUCGCGAUGUGCUAAGGAAAUUAUAACUUGUUCCCAGAGGAGCAAAUUUGAGUAUUAAAACUUUGCAGAAGUUUCCUACCGAGGUCCUGGAUUCCGAACUCACGAGCAGGAGCUUCACGAGGAGGAAAAACAUCUUCGACUUCAGCCUUCACCGGUUUCUCAAGACAAAGGCCUUUCAAAACAUAAUGAGUCAUUGAAGAGCGGUGGAUUCGAACUUGUUGAAGACGGUGUCAUCGGCUCGGAAGAGAUCCAGGACGACGCUGACAUUUUGUUCACGAUGGAAGACGGCGAAGAUCGGGCGCUGAACAGAAUCCUGCGCGAAAAGACGCCUCCGUUGUCGCGUCGAAGAGAAUCUGUACGCUUUUCAUUUCGCAGCUCGAAAUAAUCAUUUUUUUUAAAGGGCGGCGAUUGUAAUAGAAAAGAACCGGAAUUGAGAAACGUCUUGGCUGGAAGAGCUCUCAAUCCCAUGGAAAAUCUUGACGUUAGUUGUUUACUAUUAUUUAUUGCUAGAAGUUUCAAAAAAAGGAUUAUACCAUUAUUUUUUCCAUCGCUGACUUGAGGUGAAUUUAUUGAAACAUAUCCUUCAAUUCCAUGCAGAAUCCCACAAAUCUCCUUUGUAGUUCAGCUAUUGAGGCAUUUUGGAGUCAUUAUUUUCUUACUAUUAUUUUUUUGUGAUAAUUUUAUUCGAAGUCCUGAUUGGUUUUCGCAUUUUUCAAUAGCCGUUGGAUUAAACCAGGAACACAGUUUAAGUUUUUUGAAUGUUACGGAAAGAUUUGUUUUUUCUACAAUAGUUCUAUGAAUUUUCUCGACAAACCAAAUGUAGUCGGAGGUCAACAAGGAUCUGCGCUUCUCUGUUUUUUGAUUUUGCUGGUUUUCAUAAUUCUUUUUUUUAAUUGUUUGAAAGAGCAAGUAAUCAUAAAGUAAUCAUAAAAACCUCCCCAGCUUUUGUCUUCCAUGAACCAGCUCUCACUCUGACCUUCCAGACCUCUGUCGCUAGUUCUUUGGAUGAAAGUGAUGAAGAAGACAAUCUGUUAAAUUCUGCGCCUUCACAAAGGUCUCAGCGAAAGAAAACUUCUCCCAGAACCCCGAAAACUUGUGCGAUUCUCCAGGUUUCUUGCCUUUUUGAGCUCUAUCAAAGGGUUACUUUUUCAUCAGAAGCCUCGACUGAGAACUCCCAAAAUGAGCGCGAACCUGGAGGAUUCGGAGCGGCGAGUGACCCGAAGCGCCGCUGCGGCCAUCGCCCAGGUCGUCGUCACCUCCAAUGCGAAAAACGGCUUUGUUGUCCAGUACCAAGCGGCCAGAUCCACGGUUUCCAUCGGUGCAUUUCGUAUCUUUUAAAAAGAGUAUUCAGGUUUGUCUUCCGCCGUCACCUACGACGCCUACUCGUGCAGCCACCAACCCAGAAUAUGGCAUUAUCACACGGUAAAAAAAUAUAGAAAUGGCGGGAAGUCUUGAUUAGUUUUAAACUUUCUGUAAACAGUUAACCGAAUAAGCAAAAAGUUCUAUUAGAAACACAUGAAAAAAAAAUAUGCGUUGGGGCGUAAACUAAAAGUCUAUUUAAAGAGCAGAACUUAGCAAGUUGAAAAAUAUCCGUGAACAGUUUCAAAGAUAUCUCCCAUUUAAAAAAACUAUUUUAGUUCUCAAAAUUUUGCGGACAAAUUCAAACUUUGUCUCUUCUGCCUUCACACAUUAUCCUAAAUGUACAUUCUCUUUCCAAAUCAAUUUCAAAGAUUUGAAUCGAACCGCUAUCCUCGAUGAAAAUUAAUCUCAACAGUUACUUUCUCGUGAGAUUUGUACUUUCAGCUCACGCGAUAGGUCAACGAGGCCCAAUACUGUUUUCCCUGAAGAUUCGUCCGUCAACGUUACUCCAAAAUCUAUCUGGUCUUUCAAAAACCUUCCUAUAUAAUUCAUGAUCCGAUGAUUCCAGUCGGAAACGUAAGAGAUCCGCUGACGACGACGGAAAAUCGACUGGCGUGACUCCUCUGGUCCGAAAUAUGUCAUUGGGACGGGAAGAAGGGCCGACAGUCGUCUCGAGAAGCGCCAGUGCGCCUUCGACCCCUUCCAAGAUUUCUAAGGUUUUCCCUUUCUUUCAAUUUUGAAAUCUUGCCGGAUAACUUUCUUUCUCGGUCGUUUUUGCAUAUCUGUAAAUUCGAAAGUCUUUUUCAAUUUCGAAGAUUGUUUUUUUAUUGUCCCAAAAAAACACCUUUUUAUAAAGAAAUAACCAUUCUUUCAUUGAGUAUCGAACUUUUUGAUAUCGAAUUUUACAGAUAUAUUCGAUUUUUCGUUUUUCCUAUUUCCAACGUUUUUAAAAACUAACCAAUUAUCAGAAGAAUUUCCUAAAAAUCAAUCCGAAUGAAACGAAUGAAAAUUCAAAAAGCGCACUUUUCUUCAGGAAGAACAGUCAAAUAUUCACAUUUUAGUUUAUAAUUACAAAAUCUUGUGCAAGCAUAUGAUGGUUUCUUGCAAAAAAAGGUCCAUUCUGCUAUUUUCAGAACAAAAAUUUAGCAAAAGUUUAGAAGAAUAGUUGACAAAAGUCAAAAAGAGUUUGACUUUAAAAAGCAAUCAGAAGUUUAGAAGUUUAACUACAAAAGUUCAGUGCCAUUGUGAAAAAAGAUUGUUACCUAUAACUACUCCAUACUCUUUAGAACCAAAAUCAACAGGGGAUAUAGAGCCUAACGAUGUGAACUCAGGAACAAGAGCUCGCGGUUGACGACAAAGUUCGUGCCAGUAAAUGGUCGUUGUCGAAGCUGGACGAGAUGGCGGAAGCGUCGAGGAACGUCGUCGAGCCGCCGUCCAAAAUACGCCGAAUCUACGGGUUCAUGCGUCGCCUCGUCGGACUCCCCGACACGAAAUAA